AACAACCUCCGUUCCGUUCUUUCAGGUUUCUCUCUCUCUCUCUGGAUCGCUUGCCCGUUAAACUGUGAAGAGAUGGACUUGGGUUCAUGGUUUCGACGUUCUCUGUGGAGGAAGAAGAACAAAUCACAAAUCUCUGUUUCUUCUCCUACCCAUCGCGAGAAUGCUAGGAAACAUGGAGAGCAGGAAGAAGAACAGUUCGGAGUGACGGAACAGUUUAGGGACUUUGUCAAGUCCUUCACUCUCGAUACCUUCAAGAACUUCCAUAUCCCAGAUGAUCAGGGAACCACCACCGGCGAUGAUUGUCCGACGACAUCCGCCAAUGUUCGGAAGGAUCUCUCUGAAUGGCAGGAGCAGCAUGCUACUCUUGUUCUUUCCAAAGUAAAGGAAAUUUCGCAACUUAGAUAUGUUCUUUGUCCUCGCCAUUUGAAGGAGACAGAAUUUUGGAGAAUCUAUUUCAUUCUCGUCAAGAACUAUGUGGCUCCAUGUGAUCGGGAAUGUCAAAGCUGUGCUGCCCUUUGUAAUGUCUAUUUUCUUUUUAUUGUAACUUGUUUCUUUGACGAUUGCUACUUAUGCAGGGGAGAUUUCCCACAUGAUAGCCCUCUUAAGUAAUUAAAAGGCAAUUGCUUGCACCUUAUCAUUAUUGGAUACGUAUACUACUGAAUUGUUGCCGUUCUUAUUUGUUCUGGUUCUUGAUUUAAAAAUGUCUUGCUGCUUUUCUGAAUGGAAUUGAUUAUACUCUGUAUGGAAUUUAAAUCUAUGAUUAAAAAUUUGAAAGUGGUAUUGCUUGAAAAAAUUAAUUGUGCAAUAUGUCUUCAUAUGAAAACUUCAUUAUUAUUUACUUUCUCUUGGUACAAAAUCAUCACCAUCAUCAUAUAAGCCUUAUCCCAACUAUAUGGGGUUAGCUACAUGAAUCCUAUUUUGACAGUCCUUUAAUGGCGCUUAAAUCAUUUCGUACUAUUCUACUCAUCUUCAUUUUGGUCUUCUAUGCACAUGGCCAAACCGUCUUAGUCUACUUUUCUCAUUUUAUCACCUAUUGAAGCUACUCCUAAGUUCCUAAAAUGACUUGUUUCUGAUCCUAUCCAUUCUAGUUUUUCCAAUCAUCCAUCUCAGCAUACACAUUUCUGCCACACUUAUUUUUGGAUGUGCUUCUUGAUUUCCCAACACUUUGCUCCAUAAAACGUAGCUGACCUCGCAACUGUUUUAUAGAAUUUUCCUUUUAAUUUAAGUGGUUUUUGCUUAUUACAUAAAACUCCAGAUGCAUUCCUCCAUUUUGCCCAGCAUGCUCUGAUUCUAUGGGUGACAUCCUCUUCAAUCUCUCUAUUGUUAUGAAUUAUUGACUUCAAGGUAUUGAAAAAGGUCACAUUGAGUUAUCUCUUGGUCUCCAAUCCUAACUAUUUUGUUCCAGUUCUCCAAAUGCAAAAGAAUCCACUAAAUUGGGCUGACAGGUGGGCCCAUCUAGCUGGUUAAAAAGUCACUGGAUUAGCAUGCAGUUAUGAUAAGUUAGGAGUGUAUGGGACAUGGGUUUACUAAGUGUCUAUUAAAGUCAGUUAAUUAGUUUGCUACUUUGUAGUGUUGCAUGGAUGUGGAGUUUAGUUGUAGUAGGCUAUUUAAUCCCAUUUGAUUAGUGAAAUUGGUAGCGUGAUUUUCUACCCAAUACUAUUGAUAUGUUGCUUGAACGUAUUUGGAGGUUUUGGGAUCCCUUGAAGCAUCCCAUCUUGUUAUGUGUAAUUAGUCACAUAACAUAUACCCUAAUUUGCACUCCCAUUGUUAUUAAAUUUACAUGCCAUAUAUUUUGUUAUAGUUUUACUUGAUAACCUCUUGUUUCUAACACAUUUGUCCAUAAUCUUAUUAUUGUUAUUAUUAUUAUUAUUUUUGAAGAAUAAGAGGAACAAAGCUAGUAUUUUCCUUGAAUCACCCAUGGAAUAUAGAAUAUAAUCAGCUCCACCAAUGAGAAAGAAACAAGGAAGAGCAAAAAACCUGGUUCCCUUUGUAUUAACAAAUGCCCAUAAGAGACAUAAGACCAGAAAAAAAAAGAAAAUCUUCAUCCAUGGUAGUGACGGUCUUCUGGCGAGCGUGCUCAUUGUAGGUAAUAGCAUCACGAAUGAUGUUCUCUAGGAAGAUCUUGAGAACCCCACCAGUAUCCUCGUAGAUGAGACCACUGAUAUGCUCGACGUGUUACGAUGCCUUGGAUGUUAUCCCCCAGCACCGAAUAGUCGUCUUGGUGAUACCUUGGAUGUUAUCCCCCAACACCUUAUGAUGCCUCUUCGCUCCGCCCUUUCUCAAUCCUUUACCUCUCUUCCCUCUUCCUAACAUUUUCUCCCUCUGCAACUCUUCUCUCUCGUGAGCUUUCGCCUUUUCUUUUCCCUCUUUCUCUACUUCUGUGUCUCUUCGAUUCGCUUAUUUUUUCCUUUAAUCCUUCGUUAGUUUCAUCAUCUUACUUGAUAACCUCUUGUUUCUAACACAUUUUUCCAUAGGCUUAGUUUUGCCUUUAAUCCUUCGUUAAUUUCGUCAAUUAAAACAAUGUUCGGGUGACUCACCUACAAUUUUCCGAUGACUUUAUAAUUUUCUAUGAUGGGGGUGACAGACGAAAAGUGAGGAAUCUCAAAACUAUGCUAAAGCCCUUUGAGAAUGUUUCCAACUUGAAGAUAAACCUGGACAAGAAUUGUGUGGUGGGAGUUAAUAUGGAUGAGAGGGAUAUUGAGCCUGUGGCGGAGUGUCUAGGUUGUCCCAUUUCUUCUUGGCCCUUGUAGUACCUAGGUCUCCCUCUAGGUGCCAACCCAAAGGAGAGUAGUUUUUGGACUCUAGUUUUGGAAAAGUUUGAGAAAAGAUUGGCUUCUUGGAAAAAGAACUAUAUCUCAUUAGGGGGUAGAGUAACCUUACUGAGAGCCACACUAGAAAAUCUGCUGGUUUAUUAUUUCUCAUUUUUUAGGAUUCUUGUUAGGGAGGCUAAGAAGUUGGGGAGAUUAUUGAGAAAUUUUCUUUGGGAGCUAGGGAGGUAAAAGGGAUAACUUAAUUGACUAGGAAAUAGUUUGUAGGAGUAAAGAGGAGGGUGGACAGGGUUUAGGAAGGCUAAUUCUCAAGAAUAAAGCUCUCUUAGAAAAAUGAUUGUGGAGGUGGUCCAUUAGAAAGGGAGUGGUUGUGGCAUGAAGUGAUAGCUAGUAUACAUGGCAGGUUGGAAAAUGGAUGGGAUGCUGGUGUAUUGCGUUGUUGAAGUCAUUUUUUUUAUUCAAAUAAUUUGUAAUAAGUGGGCUAGCUAGUCUACUAGCCAAAUCAUUAAAAUUAUAAAAAAGUAUCCCGUAUGGGAGUUCUCUCUCUUUAAGUGGGGAGUUCCCUCUCUUUAAGUGGGAGGGACAGGUGUCCUUCACCUAGGAGGAGGGGGUAGUUACAUAACCACCCCACU